AUCUUGUAUUGUGUAUUGUGGCAACAGACAGCAUAGGCAGCAUUAACAAAGGAGAACUCUUACUGGUGCAACCGAUCAACAACAUCAAAAGAUUUGUUUUUUAAAGGAUACAUUGAUCUUUGGCCUUGAGGGUUCAUCAUCUGCCUUCGUGAAGUUACAGCACAUCCAAACUCUUUACCAUUUUUAAUCUUCUAAGGUAACAUCUGAGAGCAUAUACCACACUGGACUCUUAUCGUUAACAACCGAUCAACACUCACUGGACAGCAUUUGUCACAGACUUUAAUUUUGUUGUGGGAAAGGAAGGUUGCUGCCACAUCUGGAUACCACCAUCUAUCAUCUUGUGGUCAAUCGGUCAAGUUCUCAGAUCUCCAAAGUUACGGACUUCAAAUCGGCAAUUGACACCUGUUACAUCUUGUUCCUGUCGUCAUUCAGCUCUGAGGAAGGCAUCAGCAGCUAGUCACUAUGGCUACUACAGGAGAUGACUGCUACUACUUCUACUACUCUAACUGUGCAAAGGGCCCAGCCUGUCCUUACCGUCAUGUUGAAGAAGCUCGAGGCAAUGAAGUGACCUGUCUCAACUGGAAGCAAGGCUUCUGCUACAGACCAAGCUGUGCCUACAGACACAUGGAGAUAACGAAGAAUCGUUCUGAGAUAGCCUGCUUCUGGGAGAGUCAACCGACAGGAUGUCAGAAACCCCACUGCCCAUUCAGACAUCUUAAGAGACAAACCACAGAAUCAGGACCGUCGGCCUCCACAUCCCUUAUCAACAGGAUACCAACCAUUGUUGGUCCAGUGACCAAGCCCCUCCCACCAGCACUCAGUCCAGCCACCCCUGCGACCAGAAUGGUAGCACCCAGUGUCCAGGCUCCGGCCGUCCAGUCCCUGGAUGACCUGCCAGCCCUGCCAACGGUCAGUCCAGUCGUGUUCCAUCCGAUGGACAGUGAAGAUGACGAAAGCCUUGGUACGAUGAGUGUCGAUGGGAGCCCCAAUAAGAAAGUCAUCAUCUCCCCACUCAGACCGUCGCUAGGUCAGGAGAAGAUCUCACCCUGUCGACAACCUAUGAUGAGACCCACCAUCAAAGCAAGACCAGUCGCCAAUCAAGAAAAGCCUAGUUCGUUCGGCAUCAAGACUCUGGCUGAAAUACGCCGAGCGAAGAACUUGGAGAGAGGGCACGUGGAAGAAGAGGAGGAGGAGGAUGUAGAGAUGGAAGAUGCAGAAGAUAUAGAACAAGAAGAAGAAGAACAGAUGUUCCUUUCUUCGUCGAGGAGAAUCAUUGCUGUCAGUAACAACAGUUCUCGCAAAACAAAGAUAGAGGAGCAUUUGGUGAAACCUGUCAGUCAGAAAGUUGUGAGUCUUUCUCAGCGUGUCCAACAGCCUGGAGUGAGGAGUCUAGCCCAAUUACGAGAGGAUAGAUUCAAGAGGCUGGGAAGCAGGCCAGACCAAGAGGAUCAAGAGACAGUGGUUCCAAAAGUCGUGAAUGUCUCUCAGCGUGUCCAACAGCCUGGAGUGAGGAGUCUAGCCCAAUUACGAGAGGAUAGAUUCAAGAGGCUGGGAAGCAGGCCAGACCAAGAGGAUCAAGAGACAGUGGUUCCAAAAGUCGUGAAUGUCUCUCAGCGUGUCCAACAGCCUGGAGUGAGGAGUCUAGCCCAAUUACGAGAGGAUAGAUUCAAGAGGCUGGGAAGCAGGCCAGACCAAGAGGAUCAAGAGACAGUGGUUCCAAAAGUCGUGAAUGUCUCUCAGCGUGUCCAACAGCCUGGAGUGAGGAGUCUAGCCCAAUUACGAGAGGAAAGGUUCAAGAGGCUGGGAAGCAGUCUAGACCAAGAGGAUCAAGAGACAGGGAACAUCGCUAAGCGGCUUAAGGUCUUGCGAAGAAACCCUGAAGCAGAGAAGGACCAGCUGGAGGAAGCCCCAAAGAAGACCUUGACACGAAGGGUUAUGAUGGGUGGAGGUGGAGAGAGGGUGCCAAGAAAAGAUCCAGAGACCUCGGGUCUGGACUCCAUCAAGAUCAAGACCGUCGCGGAAAUGAAGAUGGACCGACUGAAAGACCGGCUGGGAAAGCGUGCCGAAAGCAACGACCGGGUCGAGGAUAAGGUUUCCUCCUCAAGUGGCCCUACAGGGCGACUGUCAGCCAGAUUGGGACACGUUGUAAGAACUGGUGAAGAAGACAAAGACUCAAAGACGGCUGUGCAGGAAUCUUCUGCCAUCAAGAAGACAUCUUUAGCGAGUCGUUUAGGAAAGGUUUUCUCCGCUGUUGUAGCCAAUGCAGCUGGCGAUAGCUCUGUUGAUCCAGCCAAAAGGAAAGGACGGCUGAAUGCUAGGUUAGGCAAGCCACUUACUGAGGCUGGUGAGGGAGAUAAUCCCAGAGUUGGGAUUACAGUCAAAAGUUUGGCGGAUAUUAAGAGGGACAAACUCUUGAGGAGGCUCGGAAAGGCCGUCUCGGACUCUGAAAGUGAGGAUUGGGCUUCAGACAAGGAGAAGGAAUCAUCUUCACAAGAGCAAGAAGAGGAAGAUGAGGAGGAAGACGAGGAAGAGGAGGAAGAGGAGAGUGAUAUUUCUAUCGAGAGUGAUGAGGAGAAGGCACCCAAAGAGAUUCUGAUCAAGACCCUUGCUGAGAUACGACAAGCGAAGCAAAGCCGCCUACCAGUCUCAUCCCAGUCUCGUGAGGCUCCAGACAGAGACAGUGUGCAAGGAGCUCAAAGAAAAGGAGUCCUGUCUGCUGCAGAGAGAAGGAAUAAAAGGAGAGGAGAAAUUGCUCUCUAUAAGCCACCAGGUGCUGCUAGUGCUAGAGGUUUGAAAGAGAACCAGGGAUCUGUUAUACGACAACGGAUAACCAUAGACAGCGGUGAAGACACUGAAAAGGUGAGUGAGAAGCCAGCGGUUAAAGUACGACGUCUGAACCUCUCUAAGUCGGUAGAGAAUGCCAACAAGGGAACUGCCUCGGUCCUCAACGUUAUCAAACAGAAGAAAGACGUAACCAAGGAUGACGCUCCAGCAAUCAAGAUCAAGAGUCUAGCUGAGAUCCGAGCUGAAAAGCAACGGCUCAGUCAAAAGGCCGACGUGUCCAGCGGAGACAGUGGAGCGUCGGGAAGCGAGGAGCAAAAUGAGGAAAUAAAGGAACAGGAGAGGAACAGGAGAGAGGCGGACAAGCGAUGGGAGAGAAGAUCCAAGAUCUGGAGCCGCUCCCCUGAAAAAGCCAAGACAGAGGAGUCGCCAGUUAAAGAAAAGAAAACAGCAGCAAAAGUCGAGGAGGAGAUAAAGAGCCUGGAUGAAAUUCGCCGAGAAAGACGGGCGCGGUUAUGGAACACGGCCUCUUCGUCGGACGACGCCCUCUCCAAGCCAAUCGUUAAGCGGCCUGGUGGUCAGGUGACCUCGGGGGCAGACUCCGCCUCCGCCUCUCAGAUCAAGAUCAAGACUCUGGCAGAGAUCAGGAGAGAGAAGCAACUCAGGGAGCAGCAGACUGGUGCCAAUCAAGUCUCACAAGUUACUACACAGGAUUCAGCACAGGAAGGUAGUGAGAGAACUGAUAGUUUACCAGUCCAUGAGCCAGAGACUGGUAACUUUUCUUCAGCUACAUGUACUACAGGAGCGGAUAGGGAUGCCGGCUCAAGUUGGGAGUCGGCACCAGUAAACCAAGCUGCAAGCAUAUCAUCAACCAACACAGGAACUAAGCUAACAAGAAAGCCACUACAGAGAAGGAGGGGAAGACAGGUGUCUAACACAUCUCAGGGAAACAUCCAGUCUUACCCUAACAGUACAGGCACUAAUAUACAGUCCGUCCAACCAGAACCCCAACCUCAACCAUCAUCAUCAGUACCGAUCUCUGCAGCUGUCUCAACAACAACAGGAGAGUUCAGCAAAGAGCCUGAAGUUAGCCGACCAGUACAAGAGGAGAGCAGGAUGAGCCAAGAAGUGUCUGAAGCUAGCAGCCUAGAAGAUGUCUACAUUCCAGAAGCCGUAGCUCAAGCUGAGCCUGACACCACAUCAACUGUAACGCCACCUGAAGUUGUGAUAACCCAAGCCAAACCGUCCAUCGCACGUCUCUCCAGUGUCACAGACGCUGAUCUCCAUCUCUUCCUACAGGAGAAUGAUGAUGAUGAUCUCGACAGCGCCCCGCCCGUAACCAUAGCAACGCAUCAGGAAGACGAUGACCUCCUAAACGAGCUUGAUGACUUCCUAAACAGUUGAUGAUCGCUCGAUUCUAGUUAUUUUUGUCUGUAUCUUGUGGUUCAGUUUAGAUGCAAUUGCACAUGAAAUGUGUUAGCUGUAUAUAAAAGAUUUCAAUUUAGACCUUCUAAAUGAGUUUCAUGACUUUGCUAACUUGGUUUAUGGUAACCAAAAGAUGGUGAACUUUUAUUUUUGUUCUUAUGCCAUGCUUUUUGUUGAUAUUCAAUGUACAUGCAAUUAAUUACAUGUGAAAUGUGUAAGUGUUUGGAAUAAAUUCCAAAAUACAUUUGGGUUCAUGCAUGUAUUUACGAUAUUUAAUCUUUAAUCUUGAGUGCUCUAGCAAAGCAAUUUGAUGCUUUGCUGGUCAUUUCAUGCAAAGACCUGAAUCUUUGUUUUACCCUUCUUUUACCCUCUCCCUACCCAUCAGAUGGCAAAAAUCAUAUAAAAUAUGAAAGAAAAAUGAAAUUAAGACUUAAGAAUUAAGUCCCCUCCAAUGUCGUGCUCUUAGUGGGUGACCUCUGUAAUUUGCAUUUUAGCCAUAAUGAAGAAGAAAAAAAAUAGACCAGAAAAAAAAUAUGAGAGAGAAAAAAUAGUUUUGAUACGUAAGAUUUAAUUAAAACUUUGUCUUCAUCGUUGGAAAUAUAUUUUUUAUAAAAAUAAUGAUGACGAUAUUGGUUUAUUAUUUCAAAAAUAUGCACCAUAGCCUGGGGGCUGAAUUUUGUGCUUCUGUUAGUACGUGUACCAAUAUUUGAUGCAUAGUUGCAAGAUUCAUUAUUGCCAGGAUUUUACUACUGCUUUGUAUGUGACAGAUACGUUGAUAUCUCAAGAAUUUUUGCAUUUUCCUUCUUUCGUUGAACCAGUAUGGACAGUGAAGUGAUGUU